AAUGAAAAUUAAGUUUUUUAAAUCCAAGGAACCAAAACCUAAAUUAUUGUCUAAUCCCUUGAAGUAAAUACCAGAUGCUCCACCUACAUUUCAAGCAAAAUCCUAAGAGUUGAUUAAACAAUAGGAUGAACAAUCCAAAGUAUUGUCCUCAUCAGAAAUCAAGCCAUUAUAAUUGAACAGUAAUAAUCUAAAUGAAGAUGACAUUAUCAUGACAAAUAUGUACUAAUGAGUACAAAAAAAAUAAAAGGUCGUGGCUGUCAAAUUAAUCAGUGUUGAUCUACAAUGGCGAUUUAAGUAUCAUCUAUCAAACGUUUUAUUUGGGCAAAUUGUAAAAGAACAUUGGAGAUAAACUUGAUUGUGAAUUGUUAUUUUUAGAAUCCAUUAUUAUUAUUGGAUGCAAGGAAAUUAAUGAAUUACUAGGUUAAUCUGGAUAUAGUGAUUCCAUUUUUAGCGAGUAUAAAUGUUUUACUUAAAUUAGUGGAUCAUUUCUUUGCAAUAAUAUUAAUGAAGUUCAUAAAUGUAAGAUUAAAGGUUAAUUCACAAUUAGAGAAUUGAUUACUUGUUUAUUUAAAGAUUUUGAAAAGUAAUUCUAUUUUAUAGAUUUAGAUGGAGAUUCUUCACUUUAACAAUCUUUAAAGUGAAGAAUGAUUUCUUAGAUUUAGAUGGUAUUCAAAUUAAACUAUUCAUAACUAAUAUUGAUGGACAUAGAUUCAUACUUUUUAAUCUUGAAUAAGCUCCUGUUUUACCUAAAAUCUAUAAUUCAGAACCAAACUCAAUUCUAUAGAACAUUUACACUACCUAUUCUCAUGAAUCUAUCAAUUAUGUCAAUUGCAUUAUGACUUAUAUAUUGCUACUUACUCAUCAUAAUGAUUUUCUAAUGAGUGAAGGUAGUAAUAAAACAACUAUGGUAAAAACACUCAUAUAAAUUAUAAUUAGUCUUUAAGCCGAAAGGAAAAAGAAGAAUAUAUUUCUAAUGCUUUAUUGAUUAUGAGAUAUUAUUCAUAGAGAUAUACAUUAUUUUUAUAUUCUAUGAGGGAUUACAUAUUCUUUUUUUAAAAUGAAUUAUUUUUUAAAAUGAAUGCAAUACGAAUUGAAGAUUUAUUAGAUGAUUUAUUAUAAACUUUUGAUCCUUUAUUAAAAUUAAAAUAAAUCAAAUUAACUACAAAUAUAGAACUAUAAGAUGGAAAUACAAUUAUUUUUAGUGAUCAAGAUAGAGUAUAUAUAUCCUUUUAAUUUAAAUAGAUUAAAUAGAUUAUUUCAUGUUUAUUGCAUUAUUGUUUAUAAUCAUCAUCAAAGAGUUCAAUUAAAUUUGAUAUUAAAAGUUAUACACUACAAGGAAUUAUGAUAACAAUUAAAGAUACUAAAGCUGAUUUUGAUGAAAUAGCUAAACAAAAGAUUAUGAAUUUAACUAAAUAAGUAAAUUAAUAAUUAAAGAGUCAAAAAUCUGUAAAUGAAAUAGAUUUAUAAAAUCCAUUAGAAUUAUAAAUGUGUAUUAUACUUUGUUGGUAAUUAUCUGGAUCCUUUAAAAGAGGACUAGAAUUUCUAAUUGACAGCUAAGGAUUUUGUACAUUCACAUUUGUUAUUGAAUCUCAAAAUACAUAAAUGAAAUGUUAAAACUCAGAUACUGGACCUAUAAAAGUAUUAGGCAAGAAAAAAUACUUUGAAACAUCAUUGUCACUCCUUUUAUAAGACAAUAUUAAUCAAGGAGGAGGUGGAGGUGAAUCGAGACUAUUAUCAUUUACUUAAUUAUCUAAAUAGUUUUCAAUAAAACCAACAGAUCCAAUAGAUUUAUAAAGUGCCUAUUUUUCACAACUUUCAAAAAUUAGAUAAGAAACUUCUAAUUCUAGAGUAUUUCCUAAUAGUGGAACAAUACACAAACAAUCUCGUGAACAAAGUGGAAGUUUCUCUGGAACCUACAAAUAAGGAAUUUAAUAAGAUAGUAUCUAAUAAAUUACAAAACUUUUGAAUAGGAAUAAUUUAAGUGUUGUAGGUAAAGUAGAUUCUCCAGAUGAAUCACAAAGAACUUUCACUGCAAUUGAUUUUGGUGCAGCUGAAUAAACUAUUAAUUAAAUAUCAUUACCGGAAUUUAACCCUAAAUUGCUUACUUAAGUCAUUAAAUAUCGACUUAGGAAUAAUUGUUGUUCCAAAGUUUUGAUAUUAGAUAAUGACAGUUUUUAGAUUAUUGUUUUAGAGAAAGUAUUAUAGAAAUAUGAUAUCAAAUGUGAUUAUGGAUUCACUGGUUCUGAAGGAUUAGAUAUUAUCGAAAUAAAGCGAGGUCGUCCAUGUCAUUGUGGAAAUCGCUAUUAUUUACUGUACUUUAUAGAUAUCAAUCUUCCUGUAAUUAUUUUGUGAUAAAUUUAGGGAUUGAGUGGUAUUGAAUUUGUCUAACGUAUUAAGAAGAAUAUGCAAUAAGGGAAUUUAGAUAAAGGAUUUGCUAUAGCUACUGCUACAAUUGCAGGAUUAAAUUCUAAAUUAGAUUGUUUUCGUAAUGGAAUGGAUUACUUUAUAUCAAAGCCAUUUGAUUUGAUAGAAAUAAGUGCUGCUGUUUAAUAUCUUGAUUUUUGA